AUGCCGAAAUUGAGCCCUCUGCCCAUGAGCCAGACAAAAGAUGAGCUCCUUAGACAUCUUAAUAUGACACCCGAAAUCUAUGCGUUGAUGGCGCCCCCAUACGACUGGAGUGAUAUCGUCGAGAAGGCGAAGGACGAAGCCAUGGAGCGGAUUGCCCAGUCUGGCGAUGCACGGACAAGCUACUACUGGAGCCUUGCUGAACCUACCGAAGACUGUCCGAACUGGAUCGCGAAGUGGUUCUUAUACCAUAAAUUCCGUUAUCGAGACGGGCGGAAUAGGAAUUCGAUUAAGGGUGAUGCUAGCAGCUCAGAGCAUUCCCGUCACAGUCACCAUGCAAGUGCUGAAGGACAGUAUUACGACGCUCAGGCUCCCAGUUACUAUCCUGGGUCUGUGACUCCUGAACCCUCAGGGGGCUCGAACGUUCAUGGGACUUUCGCUACUGGUCAAGAAUACCCCCAGAACGAUGAGGGUUAUAACCAGAUAGGUGAAGAGGAGAGACAAGCUUUGAUCUAUUACGAUCCCAUCAGGGACGUAUAG